GAGAAGUGGUGCGUGUAAGGCGGAUAAGAGACUAAAACGAUAUCGGAAAUAGGGCGUUUCGCAAUGGAUUAUUAGCGUCCGUAAAAAUGGUGCACUAGUACUGUCAUUCUCUUCAUCGCCACAGCCAAUAACUGGACCAUAAAAUGCGAGGUGUUCUAGUGCAUUGGCCGAUGGUGAAAGGAGCUACAGGUCCUCGCCACUUAGCAGGAGCGGCACCGCCGUGCCCGCUGGUCUCAAGUGAUCCAAGUCGUCUUGUCGUACCUCAGCGAGCGCAAGCUGAAGAGCCAGCCCAAAGGUAUAGUGUUCGUUUGUAUGUUGAAGUAAUAUAUUUUCCAACGAAGACAAAGAUGGUGCGGGGUAUCAAGAAGGCUAGGAAGAGAUGCCUCGCUCGACAGAUGGAUUCGGCAACGUUUAAUAGAUGGCCAAUGACAAAAUGUGACGGCAAUGAGGUGAUCUUAUGAGCGUCUAAGGUAUUUGAGAGAUGUUUCGGUGGUG